GACCAUAUCACACGACACACGUGACCCGUCUCUACAGGGAAUAUAUUUUAAUAGUUGACUUCCGGUCAAAUUAGCGAAGCUUCUUCCUGUUUCUUCGGUCAACUCCACCUUGACUGAUCAUCUUCAACUCUCUCCAGACCAUCGUCGGGAACGCAUUCUCAUUUCUCCGAUCACAAUUUCAGUUUCAAAGUUCAUUAAGUGUAUAGACAAAUUCAACUUCUCCAAGUUCAUCAAUGGCUGGUGGGUUAUUUUUGGGGGCUGUACUAGGGGUCGCUGUUACUAAACUAUCAGAUGUCAUCAUAGACGUAUUAAAGAAACCCUCGCAGUUUAGCUCCGAGCUCACUAAAAUACGAGAAACUAUCACGAGAAUCAAGCCGAUCUUUGAUGAAAUCGAGAAACUAACUAAAGUAUUGGAUCGACCGAAACAUGAAAAUGAUAUGUUCAUCGCUCAGAUGGAAGGCGCAGAAGCCCUAAUUCUGAAAUGCAAGCGUGUCAAAUGGAAUUUAUACAAGAGAUACACUUACGGUUUGGAAUUAGAUGCUUUAAAUAAAUCGAUGGUGGAAUUCUUUCGGUUUGAUGUUCAGUUGGUGAUGGUACGAGAUCAGAAAGUGAUAAUGAGUAUGAUGAAAGGGGAUUCAAGUCGUUCAUCUUGUAGGAUUCCGUCGCUGAAGGGUUCUGUGAUAGGAUUCGAAGAUCGAGUUAGAAAUUUGAAGGAGAUGGUCCUCAAAGAUUCAGUCGGAGAUGAAUGUUCAGUUGUAGUUGUUUCUGCUCCAGGAGGCUGUGGGAAGACUACGUUGGUAACUAUGCUCUGCCAUGAUCCCGAAAUUAAAGAAAAAUUUGGUGGAGACAUUUACUUCGCUACCAUCUCAGAGACCCCCAAUUUAAAAAUCGUCAUAAAAAAUUUACUGGAGAGAAAGGAAGCCGAUUUUAUUAACGAUGAUGAUGCAAUCAAUCAAUGGGGGAGCUUUUUAGGAGAAAAUGGAUCUGAAGUACUAUUAGUACUGGAUGAUGUAUGGCCUGAUUCCAUUACCAACCUGUCUGAUUCCAUUAUUAACCGAUUCAAGUUCAAUCUCAAAGGAUACAAGAUUCUGGCUACAUCUAGGACCACUUUUACAGAAUUCAAUACAUAUCAAUUGCAACCUCUGAACGAACAAGAUGCCACCAAACUGUUUAAUUACUCUGCAUUUUCAGAAUGUGUGAAUAAAUAUAUACCGUAUGAUCUUGUUGACAAGUUGGUGAAGUGUUGCAAGAAACAUCCACUAGCCCUUAGUGUGAUUGGUGGUUUGCUAAAGGGUAAACCCCUUGUAAGUUGGCGUAUCAUGUUGAAGAAACUAUCUGAUGAGCAGCAAUCUGUUUUGGAUUUGCAUCAGCCUAUAGAACAUUGUCUAGCACGAAGUUUGGAUGUGUUUCAAGAAGAAUCUGUAAUCAAGCAAUGUUACAUGGAUUUGGGAUUAUUUCCUGAAGAUCAGAAAAUAUCGGCUACAAUGCUUAUGGACAUUUGGGUUCAUUUAUACAAUCAUGAUGAACACGGAUUUGCUACCAUAGAACGCCUCUUAGAGCUCUCUUAUAGAAACCUUGCAACUCUAUUGCCAAUUCGGAUAGAUUCGCCUAUGAUUGCCAACUAUUGUGAGGAGAAAGCUGUCAUACAACACGAUUUGAUGAGAAUGCUAGCUAUUCGUUUAUGCAGCCAAGAGCCAAUAGAGCUCAGAAAGAGGUUAAUCAUAAAUGCAAAUGGACAAGACCUUCCCCAAUUGCCUCAUACUAUCAAUGCCACUAUAUUGUCCAUUACCACAGAUGAAAGAUUCUCUUUAAAAUGGAAUGACAUUCGAGCCCCUGAAGUGGAAGUUUUCGUAUUGAACUUCAUGUCAAAAGUAUACCACUUACCACAAUUCAUGCAAACCAUGAAGAAAUUAAAAGGUUCUAAUCAUAACAAACUACGGUUCGCUUACCGAAGGAUUUGGGAAUCUGAUGAAUUUGGAAGUUUGCGGCUUGCAUCAUGCUCGAAUCUCAAAGAAUUGCCUGAAUCGAUGAGAAACAUGCAGAAAUUGAGGGUUAUGGAUCUAUCUGACUGUUUGCAUCUGAAGAAGUUGCCAUGGGAGAUUGGUGAGUUGAGUAGUCUACGGAUGAUUCAUAUGAGAGGUUGCACUGGGCUUCAUGAGCUUCCAUUGUCAUUCAAUGAUUUAGGCUCAUUGGAAGUUGUUUGUGAUGAAGAAAUAGCAGUGCUAUGGAGGGAUUUCAAGGAUGUGAAAGUACAAUUGGUGGAAGAAGAUAGAAUUGCUACCCUUUCGAAGAUUAUCCAAAGAGAUGUGCAUGUUUAA